AUGGGAGUAUUCAAAUCCAACCAACUCAUUACAGCUGCUUCUGUCAUUGGUAAGUUGUUCAUCCUUCAUGUAUCUAACCAUCCUAAUUUCUCAGAGAGCGACACGCCUGAAUCAUUUUUCCCGCUUUCAAGUUAAGUUCUUUUGAUUUUGAUUUUCCUCUAUGUCUUUUAGCCUGUUAAUCUUUGUGACAAUGUGUUAAGGAUCUGGCAGCUCGCUUAUAGAUUUCUGGGCGAUGCGCAAACAUCGUUCAAAACAGCAUACAUCCUGCUCAACUUUAGCAAGGAUUCAAGAGUACAUUCGUUAAUCUGGUAAUAUUUGAAGUGAAUUACAUCUUUUUGGCUUAUUUAAUUUUGAAUUGCUGGGUCUGAUAAGUAUACAAAAUACACGAAGGUCCAUUCAUGAAUGAAAUCAAUAAGAGAAAGAAAUGCUUGUUUUAACAAAAAUCCAGAAACAGCGCAGCCGAAACGUAAGUGAGUUUAAGGAAACCACGACGGCAACGGCAACUGGAACCUCAAUAAAUUUCGUGAACACAACAAUGGCUGUGCACGUGUGUUAUAAAUCUUCGUAAAUUUCUGUGCGUCCUCUGCAAAACAACAACGUGAAAUGAUCAAACUUCGUGUUGUCUGGAGAACGUGAACGGCGAUGGCUAAGUUUUUGAAUUUCUAUUUCAAAUUUAACGCUGUGUUCCAUGUUCAGUUUCGUGAUAGUUUUUACGGCGAGAAACAAAUUAAAUGACUUUAGAGUAUCGCGCGAUUCGUAGGUAAAAUAUAAGUUCAUCUUUUAACCAACGUUGUCGACGGCGUCGCUGUCCUCGUUUCUUAAACUCAGGGCGAUUGCUUUGCAGAGCCGAGCUUCUCAUGCGCUGCACCUAAUGAAAAUGGUUAAAUAAUAACUUGCCUUCAUUAGGGGAAGGAAAUUUACGUUUCGAAUUCAUUUGUAUUUCAUUUUGUGUUUUAUUUCGUCUCCGGUUAUUUUUCCUCUUAGUUUAUUUUUUCUCUUUAGCGACUAAAACCUUGUCUCGUCCUAAUCUCUUCUGGACAAGCGAAAAUAAUGUCCCAUUGUUCUCUGUUGCUUCUCGCCUGGGUUCUUGCUGCAUUAUAUAAAAAAAGUACAAGUAAAAACCAGUCUAUAUGGCCCCCUCCUGCAUAUUUUUUUAGUCUAAUGUCUAAUGAAUUUUUUCUUGUUUCAGUUUUAUUACUAUUUUUUGAAAGAGGACGAUGCGAUUCAAGUAAGUUUGAAACCCGAACUGUUUCGGUAUAAAAUGCAGAUUCAUUGUAAACGUAUUCAGUUUAUAUAUACUUGUUAUUGAGUCUAAUAUCAGCAGUUCUUCAACCCAACGAACGUUUUUAGCGAUUGUAAUUAAUAGCAGAAAGAUAUCGACUACAACCUUAAUACCUUCUCUCAGUUCGACGAUCUUCAAAAGUUUUUCGCGCUAAUCGCGAGUCCAAAGUUAAAGCAAACAUGACACUCGAGUCUAAAGUUCAAGCAUGUACAACGCGACGUCAACUAUACUAAAUAAGGCCUUUAGGAAGUGAUAAAUUUCAAGGCUUAAGCUAUUUCAUUUAAAAAGGGGAAUCGCCUGCAGACGUACUUUCACAUUUAGAUUUGUAAAAUCAUGUCUAGAAUUCUAUGCAUGCUGGGCAUACAAUGCACACAUUCACGUUUUCAUCUUCGCACCUACACCUUCAAAAAGUAAUUGAGGCUGCAUUUACUUUGCUUGACAGACUUAAGAAAAUUUAGCACUGGAAAUCCCACUCAACCAGAGUCGUUUAGACUGAUGGAAAUAUGUCAAAAUUUGGAUGUCUAUAAAGCACAGUGAAGUAUUUUUAAGAAAAUAGAGAACAUCCUUGUUCAGAAAAUGGGCGACACUGGGUAAUUACCCUGAUUUCAUCGAGCAGUUAGUUAAAAAUCUGCCAUCCAAAGUUUUCAAAACAAUAAAUCAAACAAUCAAUAAUUGUGUAAUUUAGUAUUAUCAACUGACUUAAUAACGUAAAUUGGCCGCCGUAAAGAGUUUAGAAGCUACAGUUUGGAGCUUCAGCCCUUCGUCAGAGCGAUUAAAUUACCCUAUUAUACUCUCCCUCCGAAGCAGCAUCACAGUUUCUUUAGAAACUUACCCCCUUUAUUCAUAAAUCAAUAAUUUUAUUCGGGAUACGUAGUGAAUCACGAAAUGAACAAUACGAGACAAGUAGUUUCCUACUUUGCUCUUUACUAGAUUGCAUAUCAUCUGAUACACGAGCCGUGGGCUUGUGUGGGAUUUCUCUUGUUUUCGUUCUUCUGCAUUUCCUUUUUCGGUUUCCUAUUCCCUACCCUAUAUACAAUGCCCUGACUUGUGCUCGAAAUGCGACUUACCGUGAAGUCUGAAUGUAAUAUCUCGUAUGGAGGUAUGGACUAUUUGGUCAUUAAUUCAUAACCCAAAUUUUAUUCGCUUGGUAAGCAAUCAGAUUUUACUUCGAUAUAAGGCUCCGCUGAGGGAAUUCAGUGCGCUCCAGCUCUAUUUGGCAUCAGCUACGAGUCAGUAAGGGCUCGAGGUAGUCAGAUUUAAAUGAAUCAGUGACAAAAACAAUCUGCUUCUCGGGGAAGUUAACAACUUGUCACUCCACUAUAGAGUUCGAGUGACUCCGUCGUUUCAGGAUAAUCUCUCAUAGGCUCUCUCAAUUUUGGGUGAGAUACGAAAUCAACAUUUAAAAUAACUCUUUGUCUACAUAAUAGUUUGUCCCAAUGGCAUAACGAACAUCACAGCUUCCAGUGGUGAGCUUGAAUAUCCUGAGUCAGGUACUUAUGGUAAGAAUGAGACCAAAUGUUGGAGCAUUACGGUUCCCGACACUUAUGAUGACAUUCGAUAUCAUUUUUCCAGGUAAGUUUUCCAUGUAUAACACUCGUCAGUUACAUGCAAACUCUGAGGCUCACACUUCAGUUCCAUUUCAUUUGAUGCUGCCGUCAUCAUCAUCUAAAUGGACAUCUAAAAGCAGAAACAAGCAAAAUCACAAAGUCAUUACAUAACAACUCAGAAAAUUACCUUUAAACCCUCUGAAAUAUAGUAUUAGUUCCCAAGAGGAUUUAAACAAAAUUUCCUGGCGGGAUUAAGCGGUUUUUUAGACGGCGCAUCUCCAACCUUGUAGCUUGCAUGCUCUUAAAAAGAGCGAAAGCAAUGUCAACCAUCUUGAAAGAAUAUUUGAAAAAUAGAAUGUGUAAAAGAAAGAAUAUUUGAAAAAUAGAAUAUGUAAAAGAAAGAAUAUUUGAAAAAUAGAAUAUGUAAAAGAAAGCAUAUUUGAAAAAUAGAAUAUGUAAAAGAAAGAAUAUUUGAAAAAUACCGGAGCCACGCCAUUUUUUUUCGAAAGCUGCACGACCAGCGUGGGUUUUCUUUUCUUUCCGAUUACGGUACUAAAUCAGAAAAAGAGGACGAAAGUAAAAAAAAGUAUUUGGUUGAUAAUACUGCAAAUGAUUGAGGCGUAACGCUUCAAGUAACCGGCGCAAUUACCAUAUUGCCUUUCGUAUUUUAUUUUGAUGUUAUGAUAAUGACUGAUAAUUAUGUUGAUGAUAAUUAAAACAAUUUUCAAUCAUCAAAACAAUUGUAAUUAUCUUUAUUACACUCAUUUGGAAAUCAUUGGAGAUCCUUGCAAACUACUUGCCUCUCAUUGGUCAGAUUAAAUCGCGAAUUUCACCUUUUUUGCAUAGGUAAUCACAUGAUUUCGAGUGCAAUUGCACAAAAUUGCACUCACCCUACGGGCUCGUGCAAUUUCGUUAGUCUUUGAAAACAUUUGCAAGUGCUUAUUUAUUCCAAAUUGCACGAGAACAAUCAUGUGAUUACGUAUUAUAAAAUAAAUGAAAAAAUACGAGAUGGCUUAUCAUAAUUAUGCAGAAGCAAGGCGCGCGCAUCAAGUGCAAAAAUAAUUUAUUCAAACCCUGCAAGUGACAUUGUGCGUUUGGUCAAAAUAACUGCGUACGAUCAAAACAAUAACAUACAAUGAUAUUUAAAAUCUUUAAGGCGCAAUAAAGUUUAAAGUCCGGCUUAACAGCUUAAGGAAUUGUUAAGUCUGGUUCGUUACUUCUUUUGCACUGAAUUAACCCUCUUCUGCAUCGAAUUACUUGAAAACUGCAUUUAUCUUAACUAAUCAGAACAGAGUAAUUUUUUCAUGUAUCUUAUUAUGCUCUUAAUCACAUCCUUUUCUCAGUCAACGAGAAAGCUUUACUGGACCACAACAACCAAUCAGGUUUCAAUGCUUCUUUAAAGUAACCAAUCAAAUUUCAGGAAAAUGAAAGACAACUUUUGCAACUUUUCACAAACCAGCUCGGUACUCAUAUCAAACUCAUGGGGUACAAAUAGUCUUAACAUGAAUGUAGUGACCACGCCCACUUCAACACCCCACUCAAAUCGAGUGUAAUUUUCGAAUGUUUUACCAUCGUGCGGAUUCUGUACGGAAAAAGCACUCAAUGUACCUCUAAAAUAUUAAACUAUAAUAUUGUGGCUUUCUAUUUCGCUAAUUUUCUAACUUGAAGGUAAAGUUUUUCCCUCGUCAUUUUUACAUUUUCUCCGAGCGGUUGCGUGAAAUUAACAAGGCGUUUUUGAUCAAAAUACGACCGAGCGCAGGGUCUCGGGCGAUAUCUCUUUUAUGCAGGCGCAAAUUAAAAAUGUACCGCCAGAAGCGGAAAGAGUAACAAAUUUCCUUUGUUUUGAUAUGUAAAGUGUCGAACAAAAAGCAGAUUUACCCUCGUCAAAUGGCGUUUCAAAACAGCUGUAUCUUCCUCCUUUCGAUUUUUUCCUGUUUUGUAACGUGAAAGCAGAAGGAGAGGGAUCGGGAAACUCAGAAAGCGCUUCGGGAAUUAAUCUGCCAUCGUUUACUUACAAGAUAAACAAGUAAGAUUUGUGAAGUUCGUUGAAGUAUGAAGUCUAAAUAAAUGCCUUUUUAAAGCUUGUUUGCUGGAUUUUUCGUAAACUUCCCUGAUUAAUUUUUCGUUUUAGCUUACUAAUCUACACUAUUUCAAAGCAAUGUAAAGACGGAGACGAAGAACCAGUCCUUUCAACAAUCGUAAACAAAGUUUUUUGAGCAAUCAGGUAUACGAGGUGUAAUAAUCAAUAGCCGCAUAUCAGAAGUCUUUGGAAAGAAAGUAUUCUGUCUUCAGAAAGCUGUCAAGAAAGCUAGUAAUCGUGGCGGAAGGCAAUUAAAUGCACUUCUUAGCAAGUUGGAAACGGGCCCUCGGUGUCGAUUUAAUAUCGUAUCGAUCUCAAUAUCAUAUAGUUUGUAUCUUUCUUCCGUGGAUUCGCCUUUCUAACGAGGGAUGUAUGUUGAGUAUUCAUUGCAAAAUCGCUCUGUUUUUUUUAUUUCCCUCUUUGGCCUGUCCGCCAUUUUGAAAAUUCGUCACGGGGAGCAUGCGCAUUACGUGGGGUCAGUGGUUGCGUACACCUCGAAUCGAGAAAAACAAAUGUUCGUCGCACUGGGGAAAGAGUUUGAAAUGGAUCAAUAAGAUAUUUGUGCAGAAUAACUGAAAAAUCCUGUAUUUGAGCGACUGAAUUUUGCGAUUUCACUGAAAAUGAAUGUAAUAAAGCGGUAAUUGAACUCUGUGUCGUACUAUUUUGGUUUGAAAUCAUACUCGUGACUUCAAAUGAAACUCGCGCUGCGCACCCGUUCGAUGUUGAAAUCAUGCAUAUGAUUUCAGACCUAAUAAUAUACAUGGAAAAAUUACUCAGUUCUGAUUGGUUAAGAUAAAUGCAGUUUUCAGGUAAUUCAGUGCAGAAGAGAGUUAAUUCAGUGCAAAGAAAGAAACAAAUCAGGCAUUCUGAUUGGUCAAUAAUCAAAGAAACUCACAGAUAGCCAAUCAAAUGCGAGCCUUGGAUGUCGCAACAAAAUUUGAAAAUUUGAAAAUUUGCGAGCGAAACAAUGGCCGGCGUUUUCAGUAGGUUUUCUUUCGCCACCGCAGCUGAAAAACAGCUUAAACAACGAAAACACUAUAAAAGCAUUGCUUUUUGGUUGUCAGUUUGGAAAAAGUGGUGUUUAGAGAAGGGAAUUGCCAAGGAAAUCGAAAAUUACGAGCCGACCUAGCUUAACACUGCUCGAGCGAUCCAACGCCGAAAUUAAAAACAGUCAUAGUUAAACCUCGGAAACGACGAUUCCAUUUCAUCGAAAGUGCUUCGGACACAGACUGAACUAUUCCUUGAACUGUUUAGUCGGACUUUGAACUUUCUUGCACCUUAAAGACGUGAAGAUAUCAUUGCCUAUUAUUGUUUUGAUCCUACGCGGUUGUUUUGACCGAACGCACGGUUUGAAUUAAUUAUUUUUUGCACUAGAUGCGCGCGCUUUGCUUAUGUUUAAUUAUGAUAAGCCAUCUCGUAUUUUUCCAUGUAUAUUAUUAACAAGUAAUCACAUGAUUUUUCUCGUGCAAUUUGGAAUAAACAAGCACUUGUUAAUUUUUUCAAAGACCACAAAUUGCACUCGCCCUACGGGGUCGUGAAAUUUUGUUAGUCGAGUGCUUAUUUAUUCCAAAUUGCACUCGAAAUCAUGUGAUUACCUAUAAAAAUUGCACUUUAUUCAUUUCAAUUACAUUAGUAAUCAAUCAAUCCUGUAACGAGACUUUUAAGGCCCAACAUGGUUGGACAAAGAAUAAAAACAUUGUAAAUUUAUUCAAAGUAAUUUAUCUUCUACAGUAGAUCAAUCUUAACUUUGUCCUUAAGGUUGGUAAAAAGUGGAAACAAGUUAUAUCGGUUUCUGAUAUUUUUCCCAGGAUUGACGUAGAAAUGUGCUCUGAUUGUAAGUGCGACUAUCUUCAAAGAGGACCUACCUACAGGCAUUUUCACUGGUAUUCUAAAUUAUGUGGACGACAUAAUUACAACUAUUUACAGGGAUAUCUCUUCAACGUCGACUGGAGAACUGACUUUACCGAGAAUUUUGGUGGAUCGACGGGCUAUCUUCGCUUCGUGUCGGAUGAUACUGUACACUACACAGGAUUUAAGUUGACCUUCAUGGCCAUGUCCAGGACAGGUAGGUAAUAACUAUAUAAAGAUGGUCUUAAUGGGGCGAUGGCUUUUACGGCCAAAGGUUAAAAUUUUAAUAGCCAUGGAGUCUUAGCCCAAUGGCUGAGGUGUAACAGGGCACAAGCCUGACUACCAAUUCUACAAAACAGAGUGCCACCAAGAUGAGUAAGACAAGCCCUUUCCAGUCUCAGAGAAAACUCCAGUUGACCGAGGGGUCCAAAACCCUACCCUCCUUACCCCGGCUGACCUUUAGACACAGAGCCAUUUGCAAUACACCCUUCAAUGGGCCUGUAACUGGGCUGCAUGUAGGUGCGAACUUGACGUUAACUACCCUCCAUUUUCAUUGACUAGGCUGGCUCGAAGGUGGGCACUGUCUUAGCCCACUGACUGAACAGUUGCCAGGCAUAUGCGUGGCGGCUGUCAGACAAAACAGUACGUAGUCAAAAUAAACUAAGAAGCCCUUUUAAACCCACGGGCAAACUAUAAUUUGAGGCCGAGGAGUUUAAAACUUACCCUCCUUAGCCCUACGCUUUGGAAACACGACUGUCAGUGACCCACCCUACGUCCCGUCACUGGUUUAUGCGUUAAGCUCCCCUCCAUUUUCAAUGGCUGGAGCCGGCAGACAUUUGCAGCCCCGCCUAAGCCUGUUGCUUUGGACCCACCACCACCCUCCAACUACAGGGUGUGUCACCCACUAGUUUAGCUUUGAUAGGGUAUGAACCUGACGAUCAAUGUUGUUACACACCAGUAUAGUUUUUCGAAUAAAAUCGGACAUAUUCUCUUGAUAACCUUUAUUGAUUUUGUUAAUUUUUCAUGUGGUAACAGACUACUUUCAUUUUUCAGAGGGUGACAUAUCCUCAAUCUUUAACUCCUUCAGUCACAUCAAACCUUUCUUUGUUUACUCGAUGAGUUGAAGAACCCAAAAGCCACCCGCAAGUUGUCAUCUACCAUUUUCGCACGACAUUUACGCUCUAAAUCUAAAUUCGCCCCUCUACCAUAUGUAUUUUAAUGGUACUAUUAAAUCUUCAUCAACUGUAUUACUAGCAAGUUUUGAUGGCUAAGUUAGUCGGGCAAGUAAAUGAACAUGUAAUGAAGCGAGUCUUCAUUGCGAUUGAGGGUGUGUUGAAUGGGGUGAAUUUUCUUGAAAUUCCGACUUAAGCAUAUUGCGGUAAAGCAAACUUACAAAUGUAGAGUUCUUUUCUGGCUUCUUUGUUUUUAUCAAAUAUCUAACCUUCAUUGAUUUCGUUUUAUUCUUUAUGUAGUAAUAGACUUAUUUUAUUUUGCAGCGGGUAAAAAAAACUAUCUGAAUGCAAGCGAAGAUGAAACUAUUGAGUUUGGUACACCAAAGGUCGACGUAGAGAACUACCCCUCAGAUUACGCAGAACAGUGGUUUUUAAUCGUCCCUGAGGGACAUACGGUACAGAUAGACUUCGACACAUUUGAACUGGAGGAGAGCGAGGACUGCAGAAACGAUUAUGUUGAGUUCCGUGAAGCAUCCAUCAUGGCUGGUGAUCCUAAAACAAUAAAUGGCUAUUUUGGUCCAAUCCUGACCAAUCGCCUGUGUGGAAAUACAAAGCCGAACUCGAUAAUGAGUCAAGGGAACAUGGUUUGGGUUCAGUUCGUGAGUGACGGAAACUCUACCACAGUAUAUAAAGGACUCAAAGCUUCUUUUAAAGCAGGUGUGUCAUAAAGAUGAGUUUUGUUAAGUUUGUUUAGUAACGCGGCACGUAAGUUCUUUUACAUCUUUUCCUUUGCAAAGUAGAGCUCAUUCAACUCUUAGUAAACUACCUAUGUGUUUUAUGACUUGACAUGAUCGCCGCAGGACAAUGUUUGAGUUUUUCUGUUUGUAGGUGUGUUUUGAAUUUUGUCUUUGUUUUAUUUUUCAGAGACAGCAACGUUUUUUCUCUAUCUUGUCAACUAACCAUAAAAAGGAAUUAUUUGUAUGUUAUCUUUACAUCUAUCUUUAAAUCUUUCUCAUUUUUCAGGAAAGGGAAGCGGAUUGCCUGUAAGCCGUCCAAUGAUGCUUCUUUUUCUCUCAGCUUUGAUCAUGCAUGUGUCAAAGAACAACUUGUUCUAGUCCUGUCAAGUGUAUCCAGGAGAUGUCUUUAGAUCGCUGAAGUUUUGAAUCAUAUGCAUUUAGCUAAAUUCUGAUUGUGGAAUGAAAAGUUUCAAAGAUUUGAGUGUGAAGUUUUGUCCCGGGAAUCUUUUUUUUUAGGUCAUUUUUAUCUCUCAGCGGAUCGAAUUUAUCUGUGCGUUGUGGUUUCUUUUUUUUCGUAGUAAAAGUUUUUCAGAUCAGUUUUGGAGCUGAAUCGAUUUCAUUUGUAUGCAUAAUUUUUGUACAGGAAAAACGAAAUUUAACCGGUGUGAAAGCCCUUAGACUUGAAAAAGCUUGAACAACAUUAUUUGAAUCUUUGAAAAAACUAAGUAUAUAUGCGUGAUUAGCCAAGCGUGAGGACAAGAUGGCAGGACACUGUGACAGUUUUUUUUCUUUUUUUGCAUUCUUAUGGCUCAAGGUGCAUAAAUAGGCAAAAACAGGACUAAAAAAACGGCUAAACAAAACAAAACGGGCAUAACAUUCAGCCAUCUUGACCCAGCAAGCUUGGUAAAUCAAGGAUUUAUCAUAUAUCAAACAUGUAUCGAUUUAGAAAGAAUCAAAAGUGACAUAUUACUUUGUGUUCUAACUUUGAUAUUUUCGGGUUUUUAUAGCACAAUAAAAGGUUCAUGAAACUUGCUCAUCUUCUCUUUGUUCUGACAGUCAUCUGCCGCUUUUGAAGACUCCUUUGCCAACCUUGUCCUAAAAUCACAAACAUGGUAAAUUCUCAAAGCAAUUUUUUCUUGCGCGGGCAAUCCCGAUUGGGCAAGAUGGAUCGAUCUUACUCGCUCAGUUAGUUAGAACAAAUGUUAACAACUGGGUUGAAAACGUAAAUUAGCCACCGUAAAGAGUAAAAAAGCUGACGUUUCGAGCAUUAGCCCUUCGUCAGAGCGAUUGGAGGAAUUGUGGGUUGUGUGUGGGUUUAUAUGUAGAAAGUGGAGCUACGCCAUUGGCGGGAAUAUGGUGACAGAAACAGGAAUAAAUUAGUUGAAUGAAAAGCGCUCAUUGAUUCCGUGGGGAUUAAGGGUGCCGAUUUGGAAGAUAAAUUUUUGUUCCAGUGUUUUACAGCUUUACGAACUGCCUAGAUGUAAGGAAAGGCCGCAAACUGCCAUAUGCAAACCUUACAUCUAGGCAGUUCGGAAAGCCGUAAAACACUGGAACAAAAAUUUAUCUUCCAAUAUUAUUCGCUCUGACGCCGUCAUGAUCAGUAUGAAUUUUAACAGUUAUGCCAGUUGGGUUAUAUUUGUCAUCAUUCCUGGUUUGUUCUGUUUUUUUUUUUAACACAAAACUUUAUAUAAUAUACGGGUGUUAGCUAUGUUUGAUUUUUAUUAUCGUACGUAAGCUUGCAAUAUAACUAAGCGUGAAAACUUCUAAAACUCGGACUGUUUAUUUUGUUUUCCCUUUGAGGACUUUCGCCUCUGCUCACGAUUUAAUAACGUAAAUUACGGCGCCUGGUAUGUUUACAAAACCUUUGUUUGGUUCUUCUGUUGCUACUUGCCGGCUCGCUUGUUCUUCAUUUCUCAGCUUUCAUCAUGCAUGUGUCAAAGAACAACUUGUUCUAGUCCUGUCAAGUGUAUCCAGGAGAUGUCUCCAGAUCGCUGAAGUUUUGAAACAUAUGCAUUUCGCUUAAUUCUGAUUGUGGACUGAAAGGUCUUAAUAUCAAUGAUUUGAGUGUGAAGUUUUGUCCCGGGAAUCUUUCUUCUAGGUCAUUUUUAGCUCUCAGAGGAUCGAGUUUAUCUGUGUGUUGUGGUUUUUAUUUUCGUGUUAAAAGUUGUUCAGUUUACUUUUAGAGCUAAAUCGAUUUCAUUUGUACGCAUAAAUUUAGUACAAGAAAAACAAAAUUUAACCGGUGUGAAAGCCCUUAGACUUAAUAAGCUUAACAACAUUAUGUGCAUCUUUGAAAUAACUUAGUAUCUACGCGUUAUUGACCAAGCGUGAGGAUGAGAUGGCAGGACAUUGUUUUUUUUUUUCUUUUUUUCUCAUUGAUUGGGACGAAGUCAAGGUGCAUAAAAACGCAAAAACAAACGGGGCUAACAUCCAGCUAUCUUGACCCAACAAGCUUAAUAAAUCAAGGACUUAUCAUAUGACAAGCAUGUAUCGCUUUCGUAAGAAUCAAGGGAAACAUAUUACUUUGUGUUCUAAUUUUGAUAUUUUCAGGUUUCUGUAGCACAAUAAAAGGUUCAUGAAAGUGGCUCAUCUUCUCUUUGUUCUGACAGUCAUCUGCGGCUUUUUAAGACUCCAUUGUUGACAUUGUCCUAAAAUUCCAAACAUUGUAAGUCCUCCUCCUGGCAAUCCCGAUUGGACAAGAUGGGUGGAUAUUGCUCGCCCGGUUCGUCAAUUAGAACAAAGGGUUCGCUUCCUCUUUUCCACGAGCACUGCUUACCAGCGCGCGUGCACAACCCCCCCACUUCAUCCCCGCACUUAAAAAGAAAAAAAUGAACAUUUUAAGCAUAGGAUAUUUUUGGUAGUUUUCUAAUAAUGCGCACCCUUCUUUUGUAUGCAAGUAAUUUUUUUAACGAGACUACCCAAGAAUCAAAGUAUCCGAAAGACUUUUUGGAACUUCCCUUGAAUUUCUCCUUGAAUCACUGCCGAAAAGUACAAAACUGUAAUGACCAGUUAUUUAUCGCUAAGAGGGUGGGGGGGGGGGCGGCGGCGGUACGGGGGGAGGGUUACGAGUGGAGGGUUUCCUUCUUUUACGUCUGAAUCUGUGCAUUCGAAACUAUUUGUAUCCAGUUCCCUCAGGAUAUCCAACUGCAUAUGAAGAAUUACUGUAUGCGGAAGAAUUCUUCGAAUAAGCGCUACACCGGAACAGGGGCGUGGGUAAUAACUGAACAAAUGCAAACGCUUUAUUCUGUUUAUGGUAUGUUUCAUUCUGGUGGAAACCUCUGUUAGCCACGCCUAAAAACUUCUGGUAAAGACAAAUUUGAUGCAGACUGAAACGUGAAGAUAUUUAUUCCAAUUUGUGUGAAGUUUUUGCAUUUUAUGUCACGGCAUCAGUACUUGACUGUAAAAAGAUCGUUUAAAAGUAAACUGACGUACACCUUACACAUUUACGCUUCACCUGCGUAAGUCAUAUGUUAAAUUAUGCUAAGGACAACAUUAUUUGUUACAUUUAAAACAUCUUGUUUGACAGACGAAUCAUCGAAAACAGCAACUCCAAGGAAAACAACAACUCUAAGCUCCAUUGAUCCCAGCGCUGGGGACCUGAUUGCGGGAAGCAGUUUCUUCGUUUGUUUUCUGUUGGCUGUGGUUGUCAUCAUGAUCUAAAACGAGAAAGAAGACGCCGAAAAGCAAGUAGACAAUCGCCCUUUGUGGAUCCGAGAACUAGUAGUGAUAACUCUAGAAAGUAGAAAGAGACGAUUGAAAUAGAAUUUGGAGCGGUAUCAAUAGAAGUGCCUUGAACUCUAAAGAGACUGUUUGAGUUUUGAAAAAUGUGACCCUUUUUUGAAGGGUCAGCUACAGGGAACGGGAACUUUCUUUUAGAAAGAGGUAGCAAAAUGUGUCUAUCUUUAAAAAACACGACAAUUCUGUUCAUGCACGGUGAAAAGAGGGUCCUAAAAAAAAAAGAAAAAAAAUAGUGAGGUCUAAAUUCCAUUUCCUCACCCAGACUAUGCUCAUAUUAAACUUUUUGUUGCUGAUCCGAGCCCCACUCUUUUAUUUUGUUUCGAUUUACAAUCCCAGUAGUCCAAAGGUCAUUCAUAGACAACUCUUAUGUUCCAUAUUGCAUGUUCAGGUCUCCCUAUUUUAAAAUACGGCCUUUAAAAUAGUCUUUGUAUUUCAGGGCUGUCGUAUGGAAUCUAACAUUAACGUCUCUGAAUCUUGUCUACGUAGCUUGGCUAAUGUGUUGAUUUUCUGAGAAGGAAAAAAAAACAAAUAGGGUUUUUUACGAAUGUCUUGCAGAAGUCAGGAAUGAAAUUCAAAAUUUUUUUUUAAAAUUAGAAUUAAAAUUUUCAGUUCGUAAGCUUAAGGUGUAUGAGGAUCCUCUCGGCAAUUUUUCUAUUUUUUUUUCAGUAAAAAAAGGAACUUGUUUUAAACUCGUAACUCCAUUAAAAAUAGAGAAACAAAUGCAUAGACAAGUAAUAAAAGAAAGAAGUAAUUGCAUGUGAGCAUUAUUUUUACUUCGUACAUUAAACUUACUAUAAGGGUCUCUUAUUUUGGGUUUAUUAUCCAGAUUGCAAACGCACACUAAAGCCUGGUCGUUAGAGAUAUGACAAGGUGUCAAGGUUCGUCUUGGUAACUGGAAUGAAUUCUUGAUACAGCGCGUAGACCUUCCUGGAAGUCAUCAAAGGGGGGGCGGGUUCCGUGCGCCUUUCAUGUAGUAACUCAAACCAAUGCCCUUCCUUAUGUAUCAGCGGGCUCAAGAUCCUAAGGCGAGAAGGACCGACAGAUGGAGUAUAUAACACAGGCAGAGAUUUACGUGGCGAAGAUUCUUCGGAUUUGCGCGUGAUUGCAUACCUGAAUGUUAAGAGCUUGAACAAAAUCUCCUUACAAAGGAAAUUAGGGGGGAGGGGGGACCUUGAUGAUGUGUACUGUUUGUUGCCUGACUUUAUUAGAGUCCAGUUGUUGAACAAUAACCUCCAUUGGUGAACUUUGUUGGCUGAAUCUCAACUUCAGUUCACCUCCUCGAAGAUUAACUGUUAAAUGUCUUAAAUCAUAGGCAUUGAGCUCGUUUUUGUUCAUUUGUAAGAUUAUCGUGAAAAUUCUUGUGUUCAUUUCUAGUCAAGAGAUGUUAAUCUUCCAAGGACAGUCUACCGCAUGCUCACUCACUAAAUUUUCUUCCCAAGUUUGAUCGAGUAGACUAUUUCGCUUAUGUUCAUAGGGAACAACUUAACGAAGCCUUGCCAGCGUAAUUACAGAUUUCGUACGUUAGAUAUCUGUAGUCGGAGAAGUGUUCUCUGCUCCUGCGGAAUGUUCCGUUGUUUACUUAGUUAUGAUUGGUGACGUGCUUAUUCAUACCGAUGCUGAUUUACAACUUUAAUCCUGUGGUAAGUUCUAGACUCUCAAAUUGUUUGCAUAAGUGAAGCUCAUUUCAAGCUGUUGUCGUUAUAAGCUGCCAAAAACAUCCUGCAAAUUAUUCACCAAUCCAUCGCUGUUUCUCUUUUAAUUGGUCUUUACCCUCUGAUUAUAAACUCACCAAUGCGAAAAUUCCCAUUUAACCAAGGGCAAUAAUGGAAGGAAAAGCGAAUGAAUGUUGCGUGUACGAAUCCAAAACAUUUGAACUAUGCGCGAUUUGUGCAGCUUUGUUGCAGCAAAUUGACCUAAAUUGUGUUGGGUAACAUAUCACUAGGUUAGAAGGUUACUGUAAUUUUACCAACAAUACGGAAAUUUUUCAUCCUUACAUCAGUACACCCUGAUCUUUUAUUGUUUUCAACAAAAAGAACUUAACUGUGUCGAAGAAUGGGAGUAUUCACAUCCAAUCAACUGGUUACAGUUACUUCCAUCAUCGGUAAGUUGUCACAUGGAUGAAGUUCAUCCAUCCUGUAUUAAAACAUCCGCGUUGUCCAAGAAAGCGAUGCAAUUGCAUUACUUUUAUCGCUUUCAAUUUAAGUUUAAAUAGCUUGCUCUUCUUUUGAUUUUCAUUUACCUCACAUUCUUUAGGAUGUAAAUCUUUUUGUUGCUGUGACACGGAUCAAACAGCUCGUUUAUAGAUUAACUGGUGAACGCCUUUGAACGACCGUGUUUAACAUGGCAGGGAAUCAGUUCGUAAUUCUGAUAAUAUUAAGUGCAUUUUUUUGCUCAUCUUAUUUUAAUAAGCUUAAAAUAAUAAACCGAAUCCAAUGCGUGAAAGUUCGUCGUCUGAUGACAUCAACGUGAGAAAGGAAAGCUUGAUUUUGAAACAUCGAGACACAGGGUAGCCUAGAAAUUACGGCUUCGUGGUGAUUAUUUUGUGGACGCCGACCUUUUUAAGCUCUCUGCCUAAUGCAAAUGUUUAUGAAGAACUGAUUUGCCAUCAAUUGGGUAAAGAACUUUUAGCUUCGGAUUUGUUUGUGUUUCAUCUUGGUUUUCAUUUCAUCUCGUGGUCAAACCCUAUAUCGUCCCAACCCCUUCUCGUCAAGAGAAAACAAUGUCCCAUUAUUUUCUUUUGCUUCUCUCCUAUGUUGUUGCUGCGUCAUAAAAACGUACAGAUAGAAAGCAGUCCAUCUCUUACCUUCUCCAGUUCAGUCUAGUAACUUAUGAAUUUUUUUUUUCAGUUUUAACAUUAUUCUUCGACAAAGGACACUGCGAUUCAAGUGAGUUUCUACGACAACAAACACAUAAAUUGCUGUGUAAUUUACUCAUUCAGAAUAAAUAUAUUUGGCUGAUUACAUAAUUAAUAAAUUUCAAGACUUAAGGUAUUCCAUUUGAAAAGGGAAAUCGCUUGCACAUGUGCUUUGCCACCGACAUUUAGAUUUGAAAAAUCGUUUCUGGAAUUCUAUGCGAGCUUGGCAUACAAUGCACACGUUUACGUUUUUAUCUGUGCGCCUACACCUUCAAAAAGUAAUUGAGGCCGCAUCUACUUUGCAUGACAGACAUAAGAAAAUUCAGCAUUGGAAAUGCCACCAAAACAGAUUCGCUAAGACUGAUGGCACUUCAAGGUUUGACACUUCUAAAAAUGAUGCGGCGAAAGUUUACAAAGUAGAGUGAAAUAUUUUUACGAAAAUGGAGCACAUUGUCGUUCAGAAAAUGGGCCUUAAAGGGUAAUUGUCCUGAUUUCAUUGAGGGAAGUUAGUGACUUGCCACCCCACUAAAGAGUUCGAGUGACUCCCUCGUAUCAGGAUAAUCUCCCAUGGGUUCUCUCAUUUUUGGGUGAGAUAUGAAGUCAACAUUUAAACUUACUCUUUGUCUCCAUGAUAGUUUGUCCCAAUGGCAUAACGAACAUCACAACUUCCAGUGGUGAACUUGAAUAUCCUGAGUCAGGUACUUAUGGUAAGAAUAUUAAUGAGACCAAAUGUUGGAGCAUUACGGUUCCCGACACUUACGAUGGCAUUCGAUAUCGUUUUUCCAGGUAAGUUUUCCGUGUAUAACACUCGUCAGUAACAUGCAAACCUCUGAGGCUCACACUUCAUUUCAAUUUCAUUCGAUGCUGCCGUCAAUCAUCAUCUUAAUGGCAUCUAAAAGCAGAGACAUACAAAAUCACAAAGUCAUUUCAUAUCAACUCAGAAAAUUACCUUUAAACCCUCUGAAAUAUGGUACUAGCUUCGGAGAGGAUUUAAACAUGAUUGCCGGCGGGAUUAAGCGAAUUUUUUAGAUGUUGCAUCUCCAACUUGGUAGCUUGCAUGAUCUUAAAAAGAGCGAGAGGUGUCAACCAUCUUGACGAAAGAAUAUUUGAAAAAUGCUCCAACCACGUCAAUUUUUUUGAAAACUGCUAGCCAGUGUGGGUUUCUUACCUUUUGAUUACCAUACCAAAUCAAAAAAAGUGGACGAGAAAAAAUUUUUGGUGGAUAAAACUGCAAACGAUUGAUGUGUAACGCUUCAAGUAAUCGGCGCAAUUAACAGAUUCUCGUUCGUAUUUUAUUUUGAUGUUAUGAAAGUGACUGAUAAUUAUGUUUAUAAUCAUUAUCAGAAUAAUAAUAACUAUCUUUAUCACACUCAUUUGAAAAUCAGUGAAGAUCUAUGCAAACUCCUUGCCUCUUAUUGGUGCGAUUAAAUCAUGAAUUGCAACCUUUUUUGCUCUUAAUCGCAUCUUUUCCCCAGCCAAUGAGAAAGCUUUACUAAACCACAACCACUAAUAGGCUUUUAAGGUUUUUUAAAGUUACCAAUCAAAUUUCAGGAAAACGAAAGACAACUUUUGCAACUUUUCACGAAUUAGCUCAGUACUAGAUCAAUAAAAUAUUUGUGCAGACUAACAAAAAUACUGUAUUUGAGCGACUGAAUUUUGCGUUUUCAAAAUGGUUGUAAUAAAGUGGUAAUUGAACUCUUUGUGGUGCAAUUUUUGUCUGAAAUCAUACUUGUGACUUCAAAUGAAACUCGCGCUGCGCACCUGUUCGAUUUGAAAUCACGCGUAUGAUUUCAGACCAAAUUGCACUUUAUUUAUUUCAAUUAUAUCAGUAAUCAAUCAGUCCUGUAACGGGACUUUUAAGAGAGUGUCUCUGUAAGAGCGGUCCGGUCGAUUUUGCUUAAGACACGGAUUUCGCUCGUUUCUUGUGUGUUGUAAGACAUUCAUGUAUCUAUACUAAAACAACAAUCAGUUUGACCGGAUCUCUUUAUUUUUCAGAGUUUUACGGAAAUUAAAUUUCACUCGAGCAAAGGCUUGUCGUGACACUUUUCAAGACUUUAAUUUCAUACAACUUUGGAGGACAAUUUACAAAAAACUGCGAAACUCAGCAAAAAACAAAUACCACAGCCAUGUAUAUUAACUUUAUCUAUCGAGGCGACUUUCGUAGACAUCACGUUUCAAUCAAGGAAACAGGAAGACUUGAAUGACACCUUAUCGGUUCGCCUAAAUCACACACGCCAAAACCGAUCAAAUUCAAGGUAAAUUUUUGAAAAAGUGAGGCGUUCUAAACUGAUCCAACUAGCAUAGCUAGGAAGUAGGUGUCAUAGAAAAGGUAACUACAAAAAAAAGCUUUGCGGCCCGACCUUUACGAGAACUUUAUAACUCCGUGAACUUACCUAAUUUUGUAAUCUCCAAGUUUGGCCGCCAUUUUGAGGGACUUGUCAACAUGAAGCGUAACCGAUAUAAAUCAAGCAGGUAGAUCUAAAACCGUCAGAAAUACACACGAAAGCAAUUCAAAUGAACUUUAAUUUCAAUUCAGGCGGCAAAAUUUGAAAGUGUUGGUUAAACUUACCAUCCCCAUGCGACCAUUUCUUCCAACAAUUCAAACACUACAACUAGUGUUCGAAUUCCCCUCGUCGAUUCCACCGUAAGAAAUAACCUGUGCCACCCAAGCUUCGACUCGAAUGUGAACUACAAAUCAAAUAACAUAACUGCUUCAUCUUCGCGGCAAUAUCACGCUGGUAUUUUGACAUUCGGAUCGACAAGAACGGUGAUCAGGUAGCGAUCGCCAUGUUUACUUCAUAAACGUGAUCGCUGACCAGCCGCUGAGUGAAAACAGUACGGUUCAGUGGUGAGGGCGGGGUGAGGGGUGGGUGCGGGCAGAUUAUCAGAAGAUUUUUGGGAACAUUCGAACAUAUGCAUUAAGUUAUCAUGAUAAACAUUAGGACUGUCAGUCUUAAUGUGAAGGCAUGCUUCGUGUUGCAGACAACGUUUGUCUUACUUAGUAUUCUUUUUUUCUUUCAAAUACAUUUCGUUCCAAAUAGGACUAGCAUUAAUUCAUAGAUUUACAAACAAAUCUUUACCACGUAAAUAAAUGUGUUUAGAUAAUCUAGAUAACCAUUGAACCUCUUGUAUCACACCAGAAAUAACGUGUCUUGUCUUCGCCCAACUCUGAGAGUGUGGAGCGGCAAAGACGCGAGACACGAGUCUCGCGUCUCGCGCCUUCUCCAUGCUCACAGGAUACGCGUGACCUCACUAUCUUUAAGAAAAAUAAGACACUGCUCGAAAUCUGUAUUCCGUUCAACCAUUUCAUAAGAGUGACGCGAGUCUUUCAAUUGUGUGAGAAAGUCACAAACCCAUUCUUUACCUCACGAGCGUAACCACUGACCACAGUAAGCUUCUCCUUUGACGCGGAAAUUGAAAUCGUAUCGAGUAUACAAAGUUAUAGUGAGUUCCUUUAGAUCUCCCGAACUUGUAUCGCGUUGGAAACAAUUACAAGUACAGGAAGAAGUCGUUCGUUGGCGAGACGUUCAUUAUGUCUCAGGACUGCCUUUUGAAUAGCAAAGAUGGAAAAAACUUUGGUUGAUCGCGUGGCUUAAGUGGUUUGGUACGACUGUCUGAAUGCAAAGACGAAGUAAAACAUCAUUUGAUAAGCUGCCACCUGUCUAAAGAGGUCUUAAGUGAAAAUGAGCUAAUCUUGGCAAGGAUUGGUCUAUUUCAUCUCGCUCAGGAGGAUAAACAAAAAAAAAAUGUGGAUUUGCUAUAGGUAUCGCCACAUUUUGGGGAAGUUUUGGAGAAGUGCAAAGGUGAUGGUAUCGGGAAGCGUAUCCAAGGCAGAGAUGUAAUUACCUUGCAUAUGUCUCAAGCUGUUUGGAGGUAUUAUUCCAGUUGAAUCAGGUAGUCUUCAGUACCAUUUUCUGUUAUAUAUUUUUGUCACGUGACAUAUCUGCUCGAAAAGAGAAGAAAUUCUUUAUUAGAUGAAGGGUACUUAAGUACACAUCACGUUGAAAAAACAUAGAUCUAUGUGUAAGUGCUUUUAAUUGCAGAUGAAAAUAUGUACAAUGUUGCUUGGUUGAUAAUCAAUAAUGUUUUUGUAGAAGGUUAAAUCACCUGACAACGCAAUACACUUAUUCAUGCGUACGGUUCACAAUUAUUUGCGGUCAGUUUUCCUCAGUUUGUAUGAUUCUCAUUAACCAGUAUGAUUAAAUUUGCAGACUAAAACACCCCUUAUUUGAUUAAGAAUGUAUUCGAAGAUCUUAUGACGAUAAGCCCGCCACCCACCCUACCCCGCGCUAUACUGUUUUCACUCAGCGGCUGGUCAGCGGUGACGUUUAUAAGGUAAACAUACCGAUCGAUUCCUGAUCACCGUGCUUGUCGAUCGGAAAAUCAAAAUACCAGCGUGAUAUUGCCGCGAAGAUGAAGCAGUUGUGUUAUUUGAUUCGUACUUCACAUUCGAGUCGAAGCUUGGGUGGCACAGGUUAUUUCUUACGGUGGAAUCGAAGAGGGGAAUUCGAACACUAGUCGUAGUGUUUGAAUUGUUGGAAGAAAUGGUCGCGCGGGGAUGGUAAGUUUAAAGAACACUUUCAAAUUUUGCCGCUUGAAUUGAAAGUAAAGUUCAUUUGAAUUGCUUUCAUAUGUAUUUCUGACGGUUUUAGAUCGACCUGCUUGAUUUAUAUCGGUUGCACUUCAUGUUGACAAGUCCCUCAAAAUGGCGGCCAAACUUGGAGAUUACCGAAAAUUAGGUAAGUUCACGGAGUUAUAAAGUUCUCGUAAAGGUCGGGCCGCAAAGUUUUUUUCUGUAGUUACCUUUUCUAUGACAACUACUUCCUAGCUAUGUUAGUUGGAUCAGUUUAGAACGUCUCACUUUUUCAAAAAUUUACCUUGAAUUUGAUCGGUUUUGGCGUGUGUGAUUUAGGCGAACCGAUAAGGUGUCAUUCAAGUUUUCCUGUUUCCUUGAUUGAAACUUGAUGUUUGCGAAAGUCGCCUCCAUAGAUAAGAUAAAGUUAAUAUACAUGGUUGUGGUAUUUGGUUUUUGCUGAGUUCCGUAGUUUUUUGUAAAUUGUCCUCCAAAGUUGUAUGAAAUUAAAGUCCUGAAAAGUGUCACGACAAGCCUUCAAUCGAGUGAAAUUUAAUUUCCGUAAAACUCCGAAAAGUAAAGAGAUCCGAUCAAACUGAUUGUUGUUUUAGUAUAGGUACAUGAAUGUCUUACAACACACAAGAAACGAGCGAAAUCCGUGUCUCAAGCUAAAUCGACCGGACCGCUCUUACAGAGACACUCUCUUAAGGUCCAAUACGGUCAGACAAGGGAUAAAAACAUUGUAAAUAUAUUCAAAGUAAGUUAUCUUAUCCAGUAAAUCAAUCUCCACGUUGUCCUUAAGACUGAUAAGAACUGAAAACUAGUUAUAUCGAUUUAUGAUAUUUUUCCCAGGAUUGACGUAGAAAUGUGCUCUGAUUGUAAGUGCGACUAUCUUCAAAAAGGAAAUUCCUACAAGUAUUUGCACCUGCUCUCUAAAUUUUGUGGAAGAUAUAGUCACAACUAUUUACAGGGAUAUGUCUUCAACGUCGACUGGAGAGCUGGAUUUACUUACGGCCUUUCUGGAUCGACGGUCUUUCUUCGCUUCGUGUCGGAUAAUACUGUCCAUUACACAGGAUUUAAGUUGAGCUUCAUAGCUACAUCCAGGACAGGUGGGUAACUAUACAAAGAGGCUCUCAAUGGGGUGAUGGCUUUCACGGCUAACGGUUAAAAUUCUAACAGCCACGGAGUCUUAGCCCAAUGGCUCCUUACCCCGGCUGACCUUUAGACUCAGAGCCAUAAGCAACCCACCCUUGAAAGGGCCUGUAACUGGGCUGCAUGUAGGUGCUAACAUGACGUUAAUUCCCCUGAAUUUUCAUUGGUUAGGCUGGUUCAAGGACGGACAAUUUCUUAGCCCAUUGACAGAGCAGUUGCCAGGCAUAAGCCUGACGGCCGUCAAGCAAAACAGUACGUUGUCAAAAUAAGCCAAGAAGCCCUUUUCAGCCCACGGGCAAACCACAAUUUGAGGUUGAGGAGUCCAAAACCAACCCUUCCUAUCCAUGGGCUUUGGACACACAACUGGAACUGACCCACCCUACGUGCCGUUGCUGGUCUAGACGUUAAGCCCCCACUCCAUUUACAAUGGCUGGAGCCGGCAGAUAUUUGCAACCCCUUUCUAAGCCUGCUGCUUUAGACUCUCCACCACCCUCCAACCACAGGGUGUUCACCCACAAGCAUGGAUGUGACAGAAUAUGAACCUGACUAUCAAUGUUGCUACACACGGGUAUUUUUUUUAAAUCAAAGCAUAUUCUGAGUCAGGUACUUAUGGUAAGAAUGAGACCAAAUGUUGGAGCAUUACGGUCCCCGACACUUAUUAUCGCAUUCUAUUUUAUUUUUCCAGGUAGGUUUUCCAUGUAUAGCACUCGUCAGUAACAUGCAAACUUCUGAGGUUCACACUUCAUUUCAAUUUCAUUUGAUGCUGCCGUCAAUCUUCAUGUUAAUGUACAUCUAAAAGCAGAGACAAAAAAAAUCCCAAAGUAAUUUCAUAACAACUCAGAAAAUUACCUUUAAACCCUCUGAAAUAUGGUGCUAGUUCCCGAAAGGAUAUAAAUAUGCAUGAUCGCCGGCGGAAUUAAGCGAAUUUUUCAGAUGGCGCAUCUCCAACCUCAUAGCUUGCAUCCUCUUAAAAAGAGCGAGAGAAGUGUCAACCAUCUUGACGAAAGAAUAUUUGAACAAUGCUCGAGCCUCGUCAUUUUUUUUGAAAGCUGCAUGGCCAGCGUGGGUUUCUUUCCAUUUGAUUACGAUGCCAAAUCAGAAAAAGAGGGCGAGAAUAAAAAAAAAAAUAUUUCGUGGGUAAAACUGCAAAUGAUUGAAUUGUAACUCUUCAAGUAACCGGCGCAAUUAUCAGAUUGCCUCUCGUAUUUUUUUUUGAUGUUAUGAUAAUGACUGAUAAUUAUGUUGAUAAUCAUCAUCAAAAUAGAUAUAACUAUUUUUAUCACACUCAUUUGGAAAUCAUUGGAGAUCCAUGCAAACUGCUUGGCUCUCAUUGAUGCGAUGAAAUCACGAAUUGCACCCUUUUUUGCUCUUAAUUGCAUCUUUUUCCCAGCCAAUGAGAAAGCUUUACUGAAACACAACAACCAAUCAGAUUUCAAGGCUUCUUUAUAAAGUUACCAAUCGAAUUUCUGGAAAAUGAAAGACAACUUUUGCAACUUUUUACGAGUUAGCUCAGAACUGUAUCAAUAAAAUAUUUGUGCAGACUAUCUAAAAAAAUCCUGUAUUUGAGCGACUGAAUUUUGCGUUUUGAAAAUGGGUGUAAUAGAGUGGUAACUGGACUCUGUGUGGUGAAAUUUUUGUCUGAAAUCAUAGUUGUGACUUCAAAUGAAACUCGCGCUGCGCGCCCGUGCGAUUUUGGAAUCACGCGUAUGAUUUCAGACCAAAUUGCUCUUUAUUUAUCUCAAUUAUAUCAGUAAUCAAUCAAUCCUGUAUCGGGACUUUUAAGGCCCAACACGGUCAGACUAGGAAUAAAAACACUGUUAAUAUAUUUAAAGUAAUUUAUCUUCUCCAGUAGAUAAUCUUCACUUUGUCCUUAAGGUUGGUAAGAACUGAAAACCAGUUAUAUCGCCUUGUGAUAUUUUUCCCAGGAUUGAUAUAGAAAGGUGCUCUAAUUGUAAGUGCGACUAUCUUCAAAAAGGAACUUCCUACAGCUAUUUGAACCAGCAGUUUAAAGAAUGUGGACGAUAUACUUACAACUAUUUACAGGGAUAUAUCGUCAACGUCGACUGGACAACUGGCGGCAGUUCGGCUGGACCGACGGUCUAUCUUCGCUUCGUGUCGGAUGAUAAUGUACACUACACAGGAUUUAAGUUGAACUUCAUAGCCAUGUCUAGGACAGGUGGGUAAUAACUAUACAAAGAGGGUCUUAAUGAGGUGAUGGCUUUUACAGCCAACAGUUAAAAUUUUAUCAGCCAUGGAGUCUUAGUCCAGUGGCUGAGGUGUAACAGGUCACAAGCCUGACUACCAAUCCUGCAAACUAACCACAGGGUGUUCACCCACAAGCUUAGGGUAUAAGCCUGUCAAUCAGUGUUGUUAGACACGAGCUUAUGUUUUCAAAUCAAAGCAGACGUAUUCACUUGAUAACUUUUAAUUUUUCAUGUGGUAACAGACAACUUUCAUUUUGCAGAGGGUGACGUAAACUAUCUGAAAGCAAGCGAAGAUGAAACUAUUGAGUUUGGCACACCAAAAGUCGACAUUGAGAACUACCCCUCAAAUUACGCAGAACAGUGGAUUUUAAUCGUCCCUGAGGGACGGAAAGUCCAGAUAAACUUCGACAUAUUUGAACUGGAAGACAGCGAGGAUUGCAAAAACGACUACGUUGAGUUCCGUGAAGCAUCCAUCACAGUUGGUGUUCUUAAAAGAAUAUAUGGCCAUUUUGGUCCAAUCCUGACAGGACGCCUGUGUGGAAAUGCAAAGCCAAACUCGAUACUGAGUCAAGGGAAUAUGGUUUGGGUUCAGUUCGUGAGUGAUAGAAACUCUACCACAGUGCACAAGGGAUUCAAAGCUUCUUUUAAAGCAGGUGUGUUACAACAAUCAGGUGUGUUAGGUUUGUCUUUCGUAACGCGGCACGCAAGUUCUUUUAUAUCUUUCUCCUUUGGAAAGUAGAGCUCAUUCAAUUCUUAGUACAUAAUCUCAGUGUUUUAUGACUUGACAUGAUCGCCGCAGGACAAUGUUUGAGUUUUUCUGUUUGUUUGUUUUUUAAUUUUGUCUUUGUUUGUUUUUUUUUUAAGCCAGCUUCUUUUUCUCUCAGCUUUGAUCGUGCAUGUGUCAAAGAACAACUUGUUGUAG